AUGUUGAUUCACAGCGCACAAUCCCAUGCAACAACUCAGAGCAUUUUUGACUCAAUUUGGGAAAGUACAACAUCACACUACACUGGGACUGUAACGACGUUUUAUACACAAUUCGCAACAUCGCAACCGAGAGGAAUUACCAGUGCUACUACAGCCGUCAGUCCUGUUGAAACAACCAUCAUUAAAAUGAGCACAUCUCCCACAGUGGUAAAUGCUAUGACGGACCCAGUAACAGAAAUCGACGGAGAAACAAACAGUGAAAUCACAGCAGAGGUCCCUUCUGGUACGUCCAGUGGAGAUAAAACUACUGGUUUGUUUGCAGCUGAAACCAUGAGUGCUAGUAUUGAUGCAGAAACUACUGCUACAACCAAUGCAGCCGGAACCACAAGUGCUACCUCUGAAGCUGCAACCAGAGGAACAUCUAUUGCACUGGACACCACUAGUACCAGUACAAGUACUAGUUUUGAUGCAGAAACGGCUGGAACAAGAAAUGCCGCUGAAACCACUGGUUCUACCACUGGAGCUACGACUGCUGGUGCAUCCGUUGCAUUGGACAUUUCUAGUAUUGGUCCUGAAACAAAUGGUACUACCAAUGCUUCCGAAACAACUAGCACUACCACUAGAACUACCACUAUGGGGACAUCCGUUGCAGCAGACACCACUACUACUAGUAUUGCUGCAGAAACUACUGGUACAGCCAGUGCAGCCUCAAGUACAACCACAAGAGCUGAAACUUCUGGUACACCCCUUACAGUAGACACCAGUAGUACCAGUAUUGCUACAGAAACUACUGGAACAACCACUGCAGCUGAAACCACAAGUCCUACCACAAGAGCUGAAACUACUGGAACAUCGCAUGAAUUAGACACCACUAGUACGAGUUCUGAUGCAGAAACCACUGGUUAUGCUAUUGCAUCUGAAACAACAAGUUCUUCCAGAAGAACUGAAACUACUAGUACAUCCCAUGCAGUUGACACCGAUAGUACUAUUAUGGAUGCAGAAACAACUGGAACAACCACUGCGGCUGAAACCACAAGUCCUACCAGUGGAGCUGCAACUCCUGGUACAUCCCAUGCAAGAUACACGGCUAGUACAAGUACUGAUGCAGAAACAACAAAAACAAUCACAGCAGCUGAAACCACAAGUACUACCACAAGAGCUGAAACCACUGGUACGUCCAUUGCAGUAGACAUCCCAAGUACUACUAUUGAUGCAGAAAUAAUUGGAACAACCACUGCAGCUGAAACCACAAGUCCCACAAGUGGGGCUGCAACUUCUGGUACAUCCCAUGCAGUAGACACAACUAGUAUGAGUACUGAUUCAGAAACAACGAGUACAACCGCUGCAGUUGAAACCACAAGUACUACCAAAAAAGCUGCAACAUCUGGUACAUCCUUAGCAGUGGACUCCAGUAGAACUACUGUUGAUGCAGAAACAACUGGAACAACCAAUGCAGCUGAAACCACAAGUGCUAACAAUGGAGUUGCAACUUCUGGUACAUCCAAUACAGUAGACACCACCAGUGCAAUUAAUGACGCAAAAACAACUGGAACAACAACUGCAGCUGAAACCACAAGUACUACCACUAGAGCUGCAACUUCUGGUACAUCCUUAGCAGUAGACACCACUGGUACGAGUACUGAUGCAGAAACAACUGGUACAACAACUGCAGCUGAAACCACAAUUCCCACCAGUGGAGCUGCAACUUCUGGUACAUCCCAUGCAGUAGACACCACUAAAGCGAGUACUGAUGCAGAAACAACUGGUACAACAAAUGCAGCUGACACCACAAGUCCUACCAGUGGAGCUACAAAUUCUGGUACAUCUCAUGCAGUAGACACCACUAGUGCUACUAUUGAUGCAGAAACAACUGGUACAACAACUGCAGCUGAAACCACAAGUCCCACCAGUGGAGCUGCAACUUCUGGUACAUCCCAUGCAGUAAACACCACUAAAGCGAAAACAACUGGUACAACAACUGCAGCUGAAACCACAAGUCCCACCAGUGGAGCUGCAACUUCUGGUACAUCCCAUGCAGUAGACACCACUAGUACGGGUACUGAUGUAGAAACAACUGGUACAACAACUGCAGCUGAAACCACAAGGUUUACAAAAAGAGGUGAAACUACUGGCACAUCCAUUGCAGUAGAUACCUCUAGUACAAUUAUGGAUACAGAAACAACUGGUGCAACAUCUGCAGCUGAAACCACAAGUCCUACCAGUGGACCCCGAACUUCUGGUACAUCCCAUGAAAUAGACACCACUAAAGAGAGUACUGAUGCAGAAACAACGGGUACAACAACUGCAGCUGAAACCACAAGGACUACAAAAAGAGGUGAAACUACUGGUACAUCCCAUGCAGUAGGCACCACUAGUACGGGUACUGAUGCAGAAACAACUGUUACAACAACUGCAGCUGAAACCACAAGGACUACAAAAAGAGGUGAAAGUACUGGCACAUCCAUUGCAGUAGAUACCGCAAGUACAAUUAUGGAUGCAGAAACAACUGGUACUACAACUGCAGCUGAAACCACAAGUCCCACCAGUGGAGCUACAAUUUCUGGUACAUCCCAGGCAGUAGACACCAUUAGUGCGAGUACUGAUACAGAAAAAACUGGUACAACAACUGCAGCUGAAACCACAGGUCCCACCAGUGGGGCUGCAACUUCUGGUACAUCCCAUGCAGUAGACAUUACUAGUGCGAGUACUGAUGCAGAAACAACUGGUACAACAACUGCAGCUGAAACCGCAAGUCCUACCAGUGGAUCUGCAACUUCUGGUACAUCCCAUGAAGUAGACACCACUAGUGCGAGUACUGAUACAGAAACAACUGGUACUACAACUGCAGCUGAAACCACAAGACCUACCAAUGGACCCGGAACUUCUGUUACAUCCCAUGCAGUAGACACCACUAGUACGAGUACUGAUGCAGAAACAAUGGGUACAACAACUGCAGCUGAAACCACAAGUCCUACCAGUGGAUCUGCAACAGACACCACUAGUACGAGUACUGAUACAGAAACAACAGGUAGAACAACUGCAGGUGAAACCACAAGUCCUACCAGUGGAUCUGCAACUUCUGGUACAUCCCAUGAAAUAGACACCACUAAAGAGAGUACUGAUGCAGAAACAACAGGUAGAACAACUGCAGGUGAAACCACAAGUACCACCAGUAGACCUGGAACUUCUGGUACAUCCCAUGCAGUAGACACCACUAGUACGAGUACUGAUGCAGAAACAACAGGUAGAACAACUGCAGGUGAAACCACAAGUCCCACCAGUGGAGCUGCAACUUCUGGUACAUCCCAUGAAGUAGACACCACUAAAGCGAGUACUGAUGCAGAAACAACAGGUACAGCCCCUGCAGCUGAAACCACAAGUCCUACCACAAGAGCUGAAACUACGGGUACAUCCCAUGAAUUGGACACCACUAGUACGACUUCUGAUGCAGAAACCACUGGUUAUGCUAUUGCAUCUGAAACAACAAGUUCUUCCAGAAAAACUGAAACUACUGGUACAUUCAUUGCAGUAGACACCGCUAGUACUGUUAUGGAUGCAGAAACAACUGGAACAACCACUGCAGCUGAAACCACAAGUCCAACCAGUGGAACUGCAACUCCUGGUCCAUCCCAUGCAGAAGACACCACUAGUGCGAGUACUGAUGCAGAAACAAUGGGUACAGCCACUGCAGCUGAAACUACAAGACCUACCACAAGAGCUGAAACUACUGGUACAUCCCAUGAAUUAGACACCACUACUGAUGCAGAAACAACUAAAACAAUCGCUGCAGCUGAAACCACAAGUACUACAAGUGGACCUGAAACUACUGGUACGUCCAUUGCAGUAGACAUCACUAGCACUACUAUUGAUGCAGAAACAACUGGAACAACCAUUGUGGCUGAAACCACAAGUCCCACCAGUGGACCUGGAACUUCUGGUACAUCCAAUGCAAGAGACACCACUAGUACGAGUACUGAUGCAGAAAGAACUAGAACAACCACUGGAGCUGAAAUCACAAGUACUACCACAAGAGCUGAAACUACUGGUACGUCCAUUGCAGUAGACAUCACUAGUACUACUAUUGAUGCAAAGACAACUGGAACAACCAUUGCGUCUGAUACCACAAGUCCAACCAUUAGAGCCAGAACUUCUGGUACAUCCGUUGCAGUGGACACCACUAGUACUAGUAUUGACGCAGAAACUACUGGUACAACCACUACAGCCGAAACCACAAACCCUACCAAUGGAUUUGCAACUUCUGGUUCAUCCAGCACAGUAGACACCACUAGCACUACUAUUGAUGCAGAAACAACAAGUGUAACCACUAGAGCUGAAACAUCUGGUACGUCUGUUACAGUACACGCCACAUCUAGUAUUGAUGCAGAAACAACUGAUACAGCCAAUGCAGCUGAAACCACUAGUAUUACCACUAGUAUUAAAACUGGUACAACCGUUACAGUAGACACCACUAUUUCUAGUAUUGACGCAGGAACAAGUGGUAAAACCACCACAGGUGAAACAACCAGCAUUACCACCAGAGUUACUGCUACAUCUCUUGCAGGAGAUACCACUAGUACUAGUAUUGAUGCUGAAGAAACCCGUGCAAGCAAUGCAGCUGAAACCACUAGUACAACUCCUGGAGCAAAAACUACGGGUGCAUCCGUUGCAUUAGAUAUCACUGGUGGUAGUAAUGAUGCAGAGACUGGUACGAUGACAACUGCUGACACCACUAGCACAGCCGCUGGAGCACAAACUACUGGUACAUCUUUUGCAGUAGACACUUCUAGUACUAGUAAAGAUGUAGAAUCAAACGGUACAACUGUUGCAGGAACAACAGGAAUAGCGUCUGAUACAGAAACCACUGUCCGCGAUUUGAAAUUCACUAGUGCUGUAGAUGAUACACUGACAACAAGCACAGUCUCUGGUGGAACAAUUACAACAGCCCCAAGUCGAGCACCAUCUACCAUAGUCACUGAUACAGGCACUACUAGCACAGUCUCUAAUGUAGGGACCACUAGCACAGUAUCUGGCAUAGAAAUAACACGUACAGGCCCCAAUGCAGGAACAACUAACACAGUCUCUGAUUCAACAGCCACUACUGAUUCAGCUACGUCUUCUGAUACAAAAACAGCUACUUCCACAACCAUUACAGAUACUGAAACUACUGGCCCCACCACCACUGCUUCCAGUACCACUGAACCAGCAACGACUGCUGAUGCAGAAAGCUCUGCUGUUCUCACCACGUCUGUUGAAGAAACCACUGCUCCAACUAACGCUGCUGUAACAGGCACUACUUCUAGCGUUACUAUUGAUGCAGAAACUACUUCCCAUACUACUGCUGCCGACAUAAAAAGCAGCGCUGUUACCACCAUUGCUGGAGAAACCACGACUGAUAAUGCAAAAUCCAAUGCACCAACCACCACCGACCAUUUAGAAGCCAUUUCUGCUACCACCACUAUUGAAACAUCAACCACUCUUGAUGCAGAAGGAGCUGAUCUGACAAUCACAGUUGAUGCAUAUACCACUACUACCAAUGUUAAUGAAGGAACAACCACUCCUACCACUGGUACUGAUGCAGAAACCAUUCUUACUACCACCAUGGUUGCUGCAGAAUCUUCUACCCCUGCUGCUGAUGCAGAUACCACUGCUCCAACCGACACCACUGCAGAAGGCAAUACUGUUUUCACUGCUGUUGAUGCAGAAACCACUUCUCCCACCACUAAUGCGGCUUCAGAAAUCAGCACUGAUACCACCAUUGUUGUUGAAACUACCACUCUUGUCCCCACCGCUGAUGCAGAAACAAUUGUUCCCACCAGCACUGCUGCAGAAGGUACUACCUCUACCACCGAUGGGGAUGAAGACAUUACUGCUCCUACUACCACUGCCACAGAAAAUGCUUUUCUGUCUACCCCUGCUGAUGCAAAAACCAGUACUUCCACCGUUGCUGGUGCAGAAACUAGCACUACUACCACCACCACCGCUGCUGUGGAAACCAAUAGUCCCUACACCACUGCUGAUGAACUUACCACCACCGGUCAGGCAGAAACCGCUUUACCUGCCACUACUGCUGAUGCAGGGAACACUUCAUCCAUGACCACUGCUGAUACAGAAAGGGCUGUUCCUACCACUACAGCUGAUGCAGACACCACAAGUCCUAGCAGCACUGUUGAAAAAAGAACAAAUACUUCAACAACCAUUGCUGCGGAAUCCACUACAGCUACCCACACUGUUGCAGGAACCCCUUCUAAAACCACCACUACUAAUACAGAAACCGUUUCCCCUACCAGCAAUGUUGACACCACUGCAACUCCUGCAGAAACCGGAAUUCCUACCACCACUUCUGGUUCUCAAACCACUUUUUCUACCACCACUGUUGAUGCAGACACCACUACUACUCCAACCAACACCGCUGAUGAUGAAACCACUUCUUAUACCGCCACUGGUGAUAAACCACUUCUAUCGCAACUGCUGAUGCCGAAACCACUCCUCCUAUAA